AUGAAGAAACAACCUCUGACUCUCUGUGGAAACAAGGCGGAGAUUCCGACCGAAACGCAUCUGGUCAUUCUAUGUCUAGACUACUUGAUGGAUCUAAGACGCCAGACUGAUGCCGAUGUCCUCAAGGGAAAGAAGCACCUCGACGCGGACUUUAUCAGUUUGGCAGUGUUUGCUUUAUCUCGCAGUGUUCUUCGACCAGAUUAUCUGUCGCUUGCCAACAAAAAGGACGAAAACAUAUUUGAUCCCAAAUGUACCACACAUCACAAAAUUCCACACAUUUCAAAGAUCAACGAAGAGAUCAUGACUCCAUCAAAGUAUUACCCCCGACCUUCUGAUCCAAACUACCACGACCUCCAUCCCACAAACCUGUAUCGUUUCUACAGGCUGGAUGGUCUAGCAGCAGGAGGCCCUCACAGCGGACCUUUGAAACUAUCGGACCUGGUGGAUGCUGGUUUGAAAAAGACCAACUCUCGCUGCCGUCUUGAAGCAGAAAAGGAAAUUGUCAAGAGCAGUCAAUUUGAGCUAUACAUUCAAAGUGUAACAAGCAGAGGUUACUUUCGCGAUCCCACCAAUUCGGGGAAACGAAGUGACCCCAAAGAAGAAGAUGAGCGUCGCGCACGAAAAAAUCAAGUGUACAAGGAAAAAUAUCGCAAGGCUAUUGCCAAGUACCGAGAAAAGCUUGCGCUGAACAUUGAUCACUCUGCUUCUGCGGAUCAGAUGGAGAUGCUUUCGCCACCGCACUCUCCUUCUAUUCGCAUGAGUUCGCCGAGAACGCCCACCAAGAGCUCAUCUCGUCACAACAACAGGGCAUUCAAUUCGCCAACUCGUGAGGCUUUCAAUUCGCCGGUCCGUGACUACCCGGUUCCUAGCGAAGUGCAUAUGUCCCCUAGAACUCAUGUUACUUCAUCAACCAGGAAAUCCAAGACAGUUGGCAGAAGUACGGGAGCUACUAGUAGUACCCCAACUACUUCUGCCAAUGCCGCUACUACCCCCCUGCAAGCUAAAUCAACCAAGGUCGCAGCCACCACCAGCCCCGCCAAAGUCACGACCAACCACAACCGCGCCAAAGUCACGACCACCAACAACUCAACCAAAGGAACCGAAAUUACCAAAGACUUCCUCUUCUCCAGGCAGAGUCAAAAGGAAUUGUUCAACAUCUAG